AUGGCUGAGUCCAUAAUCGCCGCUGGUGGAGAGGGUCUCCUUCGCUGGUCCUCCACGCUGGUCCAACCUAGAUGUGGUGUUCCGCCAGGUUUUGUGUUAGUGUUUUUUCAGUUGCUCAGUGUUUCCCUAGAGUCCACGGAGGGGAGGUGUUUCGCCAUGAAGACCUUGGUGUUCCAAACUGAGACGAGUAACAGUUACGUGGAGAUGGUCCCUCUGAAGCCUCUGAGCCUCAGGGCUUUCACUCUGUGCAUGCGAUUGGCCACCGAGCUCAGCGGCAAGCGUGAGGUCAUCCUGUUUGCGUACCGGACCGGAGACUACGAUGAGCUGAACGUGUGGCGUGAACUGGACGGCAGAUUGUCCUUCUACAUGAGUGGCGAUGGCGUUUUAUUCCGGGUCCCUGAGCUCGGUGCCCUGCAGACUCACCUGUGCGUCACCUGGGAUUCCAGUUCAGGUGCGGCUGCCCUCUUCAUGGACGGAAGGAAAAGCUUGACAAAGAUUUACAGGAAGAAUCACUCUGUACGCCCCGGAGGGAAGGUGAUCCUCGGACAAGAUCCGGAUGUUUUCUUGGGUAAUUUUGAGGCCAAACAGAGUUUUGUUGGGGAGAUCGGUGAUGUUAAUAUGUGGGACCGCGUCCUCUCGGACAGCACGAUCCGGGACAUGUUCUCUGGGAAGAGAGUACCGAGAGGAAAUGUUUUUGACUGGGAAACUGCACAGCUUAGAAUUUAUGGGCGGACCUUGGUGUUCCAAGCUGAGACGAGUAACAGUUACGUGGAGAUGGUCCCUCUGAAGCCUCUGAGCCUCAGGGCUUUCACUCUGUGCAUGCGAUUGGCCACCGAGCUCAGCGGCGAGCGCGAGGUCAUCCUGUUUGCGUACCGGACCGGAGACUACGAUGAGCUGAACGUGUGGCGUGAACUGGACGGCAGAUUGUCCUUCUACAUGAGUGGCGAUGGUGUUUUUUUCCGGGUCCCUGAGCUCGGUGCCCUGCAGACUCACCUGUGCGUCACCUGGGAUUCCAGUUCAGGUGCGGCUGCCCUCUUCAUGGACGGAAGGAAAAGCUUGACAAAGAUUUACAGGAAGAAUCACUCUGUACGCCCCGGAGGAAAGGUGAUCCUCGGACAAGAUCCGGAUGUUUUCUUGGGUGAUUUUGAGGCCAAACAGAGUUUUGUUGGGGAGAUCGGUGAUGUUAAUAUGUGGGACCGCGUCCUCUCGGACAACACGAUCCGGGACAUGUUCUCUGGGAAGAGAGUACCGAGAGGAAAUGUUUUUGACUGGGAAACUGCACAGCUUAAAAUUAACGGGCAGGUGGAUGUUCUUCAUCAGGAGCUGUAG